AUGGCACCAGUUCCUGCAGCCUUAGACUCCACCCCUUUCAUGGACAGUCUGCAUCGACCUCUACUCAUGCUAGCCGUCAUCCCUUUCGUCUAUAUUGGAUACAGAUUUUGCAGAACUAUUAUUGCAUUGACCAAAGCGAUUUUCAUCUAUGUGAUUGCUCCACUCUUCUACAAGCCGAACCUCAGUCAAUACGUGAAUCGAUGGACAGUGGUGACUGGAGGAACUGAUGGUAUUGGAAAAGCCUACGUAACAGAACUGGCAAAGAGAGGCUUGAGGAAAUUCGUACUUAUUGGACGAAAUCCAACUAAAUUGAGCGAUGUUAAAACGUUUUUAGAGCUGACAUAUGGAUGCCGUGUCAAGACGUACCUCUUUGACUUCAGCAAAGAUGACUUUGCUCCACUUCGAGAGUAUUUAUCAGAAAUUGACAUUGGAUUUGUCGUGAACAGUGUCGGUGUUGGACGGGAAAAUCUUGAGCGAUACGGUGAUAACCCAGAAGCAGAUCAACAAAUUCUCAGAGUCAAUGGCCUUGGAGCAGCCGAAUUCCUCUCGAUGGUUUUACCGCCAAUGGAAAGAUGUGGUGGAGGUCAAAUCGUCGUACUCUCUUCAUCACAAGGGAUUAAGCCAAUUCCACUUCUAGCUGCAUACUCUUCUGCGAAGUCAGUGCUAGUGUUCCUAAGCGAGGCUAUCGACCGGGAAUAUCGAACGAUUUCGGUGCAAUGCCUUACUCCAGCAUUGGUGGCCACGAAAAUGGUGUACUAUGAGAAAGGUUCAACGUUUGUGGUUACACCGGAGAACUUUGUCAAAGAAGCUGUCAAUACUAUUGGACUAACGAAAAAAACGAGCGGAUGCUUCAACCAUGAGAUACAAAUGCUGGUGUAUCACCUAUUCCCAUGGACGAUUCUGAAGUAUCUACUUAUGCCUAUCUACUACCAUCACCGUAAAAGGAUGGACAAGAUUCACGCUAAAGCCAAGCAUCAGCUGAUUGCUCGAUCUUCCGCUAAGGCCUAA